AAGCUAGAGAAAAUGGCUAACAGAGGCACUUUCUUCCCUGGAUUGGCUUCAUUUCUCUUUGUCUUUCUUGGGUUUAUUCAUUUUCCGGCUGAAGCCGCCAUUAAUCAGUACCAAUUUGAUAUUCAAGUGAAGAAUGUUAGUAGACUAUGCCAUGCAAAACCCAUUGUAACUGUAAAUGGGAGGUACCCAGGUCCUACUAUCUACGUAAGGGAGGGAGAUAGAGUUCUUGUCAACGUUACUAACUACGCACAAUAUAACAUGUCCAUUCACUGGCAUGGACUGAAGCAAUAUCGCAAUGGUUGGGCGGAUGGACCGGCUUACAUAACACAAUGUCCUAUCAUGACUGGCAAUAGCUACACUUAUGAUUUCAAUGUAACUGGUCAAAGAGGAACAUUGUGGUGGCAUGCACAUAUUUUGUGGCUAAGGGCUACUGUCUAUGGUGCAAUUGUCAUCAUGCCAAAACAAGGGACACCAUUUCCUUUCCCACAGCCAAACAGAGAAGAGAUUAUUCUCCUUGGAGAAUGGUGGCACACUGAUGUGGAAGCGAUCGAAGAUCAAGGGAAAAGAAUGGGAUUGCCACCAAAUAUGUCAGAUGCACACACAAUCAACGGGAAGCCUGGACCUCUCUUUCCGUGUUCUGAGAAACAUACUUUUGCAAUGGAAGUUGAAUCAGGGAAGACAUACCUGUUGAGGAUCAUCAACGCCGCCCUCAACGACGAGCUUUUCUUUGCCAUAGCUGGUCACAACAUGACAGUAGUAGAGGUUGAUGCAGUUUAUACAAAGCCAUUCACCACUCAAUCUAUUCUAAUUGCACCUGGCCAGACCACAAACGUUCUGGUUCAAGCCAACCAAAUACCAGGCAGAUACUUCAUGGCUACUAGGUCUUUCAUGGAUGUUCCAAUCCCUGUAGACAACAAAACAGCCACCGGAAUACUACAAUACAAAGGCAUUCCAAACACUGUUCUUCCAACGCUCACUCAAUUGCCUGCGCCUAAUGAUACAGCAUUCGCUUUGAGCUAUAACAAGAAGCUUAGAAGCCUAAACUCACCUAACUUUCCUGCUACCGUACCACAGAAAGUUGAUAGAAAACUAUUUUACACCAUUGGUUUAGGAAGAGAUUCUUGCUCUACAUGCAUUAAUGGAACCAGACUCCUCGCUUCAUUAAACAAUAUCUCUUUUGUGAUGCCAGAAACUGCCCUUCUCCAAGCUCAUUACUUCAACCUCAAAGGAGUAUUCAAGACUGAUUUCCCGGAUAAGCCUCCCAAACCUUUUAAUUACACCGGGGCACCACUAACAGCCAGUCUUGGGGCAUCCCAUGGCACAAGGCUUAGCAAGAUUGCCUUCAAUUCUACUGUUGAGUUAGUGUUGCAAGACACUAAUUUGCUAACAGUUGAGUCACAUCCAUUCCAUCUCCAUGGCUAUAACUUCUUCGUUGUUGGAACGGGUAUUGGAAAUUUUGAUCCUGCCAAAGACCCAGCAAAAUACAACUUGGUUGACCCUGUUGAGAGAAAUACAGUUGGUGUUCCUACCGGUGGUUGGACUGCCAUUCGGUUCAGAGCCGAUAAUCCAGGUGUGUGGUUCAUGCAUUGUCAUUUAGAGCUACACACUGGUUGGGGAUUGAAAAUGGCAUUUGUUGUGGAAGACGGACCUGGAGCAGACCAAUCUAUUCUGCCUCCACCCAAGGAUCUUCCACCUUGUUAGAUUUUCUUCAAGUGUUUCAUGAAGCCAAAACAAGGCACUUACUUUUACGUAUGUAAAAAAAUGUUGCCACAGGAGAUUCAAAAUUGUAAUCACAUCCAUCAAAUGUAUCAUAAAUUGUUUA